AGCGCCAGUGCAAAGGCCCUGCGGUGGGAGAGGGUGGACCUGGGAGGGGAGUCGUGGGACCGUGUAGAUUACACCGCUUUGUGCGCCGCUGUGUAUGAGUAAGGCGGACACUGGACACCAGGGGUUUUAGGCGGAGCGGAACUCAGCCGCCCAGGUUGUAGACAGGCCUCUCUGACUGCGGUACUGAGAAGAGACAGGCGGGAGACCCCGAGAGGCGAUGCGGACCAGGCGGGAAGGGAGGAGGCUGGAUUCCCGGGCACGCGACAUCCCCAGCUGGCCUUCCCGUCCUGAACCCUCAGUGGCUCCCCCUCUUUGCGGUGUUCGGCUUCCUCCCUGUCCCUUGCCCUCGAAUACGCAGGGAAACAAGGUACCGAUGACAGCGAGGUCAGUGCUGCUGAUAGGCCCCGAGUCCAGGGCAGGUUUUGACGCAUGAAGCCCAAUAGCAGCUGCCCUGGGGGUCCGCGGGGGCCUCUGGCGGGCACCACCAACACGUGUGUCCCAGAAGGCCGCUGGCGUCCCCCAGGCCACGUCAAACCGUGACGUCCGGGCAAGGCCAGAACUGACGGCGGGAGCCUCGCCCAGCCAGCGAGCGACCUGGCCAGCGGUGGAAGACCACAGAAAGCCGGGGAAGGAUGCUGGGGGUGAUGCUGUCAGACGGGAGUUCCGGACCACACCAGCGGGCCCCUGAUGCCGAGCUCCUGCAGGAAGGAGCCCUGCGGGCUCCUCAGCAUCCUGCCUUUGCCAACGACGGAAGCCACGGAGACUGGCCAGGAGCAAAUACCACACCGGACGCGGUGACGUUUGAGGAUGUGGCCGUGUGCUUCAGUAGCGGAGAGUGGCAGUGUCUGACCCGCGCCCAGAGGCACCUGUACACUGACGUGAUGCUGGAGAACUAUGGCAACAUGCUGUCGGCUGGCCUUGCCUGCCCUAAGCCACCCCUCAUCUCCCACCUGGAGCAAGGGGCCGUGCCCUGCGCUGAGGACCUGCAGGACUGGGGGUUCCUGACCUGCUCCUUCCCAGUGUCGGCGGACCACACGCGGCCUGAGAACGGGGACCGCCGCGGGCCGGAGGCGAAGCGUGUCCUGGAGCGCGGAGGGGUCUGGGUCCCGGAGCCUGGGUCCCCGAGGAGGUCGCCAGGAGCGGACGGGGGGACUGGCCGGCCCGCAGCGCGCAGCGCCCGCCCCGCCCAGGGGCCCCGGCCGUGCGCCCAGUGCGGGAAGAGCUUCCGCGGCCGCUCGGACCUCAUCCUGCACCAGCGCGUGCACUCCGGGGAGAGGCCGCACGCGUGCGCCCAGUGCGGGAAGGCCUUCAGGACCGGCGGACAGCUGGCGGCGCACCUGCUCACGCACACCGGCCAGAAGCCUUUCGGCUGCGCGCAGUGCGGGAAGGCCUUCGGCAGCAGGGCGGCCGCGUGCCGGCACAGGAGGGAGCACGGCGGGGACAGGCCGCACGCGUGCGCGCAGUGCGGGAAGGCCUUCGGCAGCAGGGGCCGCCUGCGCCGGCACGGGCUGGUCCACAGCGCGGAGCGGCCGCACCGGUGCGGCGUGUGCGGGAAGGCCUUCGGCCUCAAGCACUGCCUGACCGCGCACGGCCGGACCCACACCGGGGAGAGGCCGUUCGGCUGCGCGCAGUGCGGCCGCGCCUUCCGCGGGAGCUCCGACCUGGCCAAGCACGCGCGCGUGCACUCAGCUGAGCGCCCGUAUACAUGCGGCCAGUGCGGCCGGGCCUUCCGCCGCCGCUCGGACCUCCGCAAGCACGCGGGGGUGCACGCGCGCGCGGGGCCGGCCGGGUCCCGGGGGGCCCCCGCCCCGGAGAAGCCCUUCCGGUGCGGCGAGUGCGGCAGGGCCUUCCGGCACGAGUGCCGGCGCCGCGCCCACGAGCGGGGACACCGCGGGGACAGGCCGUACCCGUGCGGGCUGUGCGGAAAGGCCUUCCAGGACCGGCACUGCCUCACCGUGCACCAGCGGGUCCACACCGGGGAGAAGCCGUUCGCCUGCCCCCAGUGCGGGAAGGCCUUCAGCGGCAAGUCCAACCUGACCGCCCACCAGCGGGUCCACACCGGGGAGAAGCCGUUCGCCUGCGACGUGUGCGGGAAGGCCUUCCCCCAGAGCUCCGUGCUCACCCAGCACAGGCGGAUCCACACGGGCGAGAGGCCCUACCCCUGCAGCCAGUGCGGCCUAGCUUUCCGCCAGCGCGCGGCCCUGCUCGGACACCAGCGCGUCCACACCGGCGAGAGGCCCUACGAGUGCGAGCAGUGUGGGAAAGCGUUCCGGGUGAGCGCCAAUCUGACCGGACACAAGAAAAGAAUCCACCCGGCGCGCGGAACCCACGAGCUGGACGGCACUUUGGGGGCAGCCCUCGCCCCAGGAUCGGCCUCGCACACCUUGUCGGUCGUCGGGGACUGA